AUGAAAGUCCUCUGCGACUCCGAUCUUGAAUUUUUGUUCGAAGAGAUCCAGAUGCUCAGAAAACUGAACGGAGCUGGUGGUGCCCCUGUUUUGCAUAGCGUUUGUAUCGAUCCCUUUAUCAUUAUCCAGUCAUAUGUAGGGAUGCCAUACGAAGAAUACUUAUCACGUUCCUCACCCAAUGAGGUUCUCUUCUCCCUGGUAAAACUUGGUGAAAGAUUAUCAGAAAUUCACCAGAAAAAUUUGUCACACAACGAUUUGAAAGUAGACAACGUCACCGUCACCUUGCUGCCAGGUGGUGAGGCCGACCUACAUAUUAUCGACUAUGGUGAAUGCAGCGUAUUCGGUAUGCCUUUAGACGAGGUAUACAGUGUAAUGGACAGUGCGCGCAUCUACUGGGUUGCCCCAGAAGUGAAGAGGGGUGAUGUCAUCACACGCGCCUCCGACGUUUAUUCAUUCGGACACAUAAUUCAUACGAUUUAUGCAGAGUUCACGAGCUUUAAUGAUUCCAUUAAAACUCGCCUCCGCGAUUUGCAUCUGAGAGCCGCCAAAGUCGACCCCGAAGUCAGACUAUCACUGGAUAGCCUAAUCGGUCAUUUGACCGAACUGGCUCACCAAAACCAGUGA